AUGUCGCUGAAAGUCCAGACGAGCAACGUGACCAACAAGAAUGACCCCAAGUCCCUCAACUCACGGGUGUUCAUAGGCAACCUCAACACAGCUGUGGUCAAGAAGUCCGAUGUGGAGACCAUCUUCGCAAAGUAUGGCCGUGUGCUGGGAUGCUCGGUGCACAAGGGUUACGCAUUUGUGCAGUACGCCAGUGAGAGACACGCGAGGGGAGCCGUGAUUGGAGAGAACGGCAGAGUAUUGGCUGGACAGACAUUGGAUAUCAACAUGGCAGGAGAGCCAAAGCCAAAAAGACCCAAAGGACUGAAGAGAUCAGCAGCUAGCCUCUUCAGCGGAUACGAGUUUGACUAUGACUACUACAGAGAGGACUUCUAUGACAGGUUGUUUGAGUAUCGUGGGCAGGUCUCUCCAGUACCUCGCGUUGUCCCUGUCAAACGCCCACGGGUUGCUGUGCCCCUGGUGCGGCGUGUCACCUCCCUACCAGUCAAACUCCUGGCACGCAAUGCCUCUGUUCUCCCCAACGGCAGCAGCAAACAGAAAGUGAAAGCUACAGAGCUGCAGGCUAUUAAGUCAGAGCUGACUCAGAUAAAGGCCAACAUCGAGGCACUUCUCUUCAGACUAGAGCAGAUCACAGAAGACACACACAUCACUGCUACAGAGCUGAGGAAGGCGGAGGAGUCCAAGAGUGAGGAGAUGUCCCAAGAUGAGGAGGACUCCUGCUCAGAACAGGAGGAGGCACAGGAAGAGGAGCAGAGACAGAACAGUGAGGCGGAAGAUGAGGAGGAUGAGGAGGAAGAACACACACGGGACCACACCUGCAAUGACAUGGAAAACAGUGGCCUAUCAUCAGAGAUGAACUCCAUUCUCUCAUGA